AUGAUUUCUUAUCAGUACAUUUCCAGAGCUCUUGCUGUCUCCCCUUGUAGGAAAAGACCCUUUUGCCACAUCUUGGGUAAAGGCAAGACGACAAAUCGUUUGUCGUCCAGCACUGGCAGUGGUACUGGUACUGCAAGUAGUGCGGGAGCAUCACCCUUCGUGGAUCCUGCCUUGGAAUGGGGACGCGCUCACUCGGAAUUGGCCCAAGCCUGCUUGAAAGUUCCUCCCCUGCCAUCCUCUCCUGUUACUGGUGGUACCAGCAGUAGUGUUUCUUGUUCGCAGCAAAACCACUCCUUGACGAACUUUUACAACUAUUGGAACUGGCGACAAUGGGAAUUCCCUGUUGAGACGGAUCGUGACUUGAAGCAUGGACAAGCCUUGGUCACCCAUGUCUUGUCGGCACCGCUUACUUUGGCAAAUUUUGUGACAACAGCCCUACUGGCACACGAAGAAGAGCAGCAAGAUAUGUAUCAUCUAUGCUGCGUGGGAGCCCGUGCAGAAGCCACGCUGCCCAUGGAAUUUUGGAAGGAAUUCUUGUUGGCACUGACUCAUUCUACUACAACAGCAGCAGCCACCCGAUCCAUUCGCAUUCAAAUGGACUUUUUGGGCCCCGAUAUUCAUCCCCAAAUGCCACCCCAAACGUUGCAGUAUCGUGACAACCAAUUGCAGCUGCAAUGGCUCUACAGGGGAUAUUUUCAUGAUUACAUUUCCGACAAAAACAACAAUGCUCCAAACUGGAACGCCUUUGUACUUUUCAAUCCUGGAUUGGGACAUGAACACUUGAAGGAGGGAUGGAGACCCACCUUGCAAUACUUGUUGCAACAACACACACAACACCGUGCGCCCAUUCUGUUGACCUUUCAUUCGCAGCUGGAUGCUCAACGAGAUUGCACCCUGUUGUUACAAGAAGAGCAUCAUCUACCUGAACUGGCCUCAAAUGCCCUACAAAACCCCUUUGCAAGUCACAUUACCUAUGAAGAUCCAUUUGAUCGAUCCCACAUGGUACAACCCAACCAUUCCAUGAUCAUGCUGCUGUGA